UUUAUUAAAGAGAAUGAUGGGUAUUUUCCGAUAAAAAUUGAAGCAUUACCAGAAGGCACUUCUUGCCAUGUGCAUACCCCCGUUUAUCAAAUUACUGCUGAAAAUGAUUAUGCACCGUUAAUUACAUUUUUAGAAACUAUAUUGAGUAUGAUUUGGUACCCAUCUGCUGUUGCAACACUUUCACGGCGUGCGCGUGAUAUCAUUGAAAAAGCAUACUCUGAUACUGUUGAUGAAGAGGAUUAUGGGUCAUUGGAAAGUCGGUUAUAUGAAUGUGGUUUUCGCGGUUGUACUAGCCUUGAACAAUCUAUAAUUGGUGGAUCUGCACAUUUGAUUAAUUUCACCAGAUCUGCUACCAUGAGUGCUUGUUACUAUGUUCAGUUUAAACUCAAUAAUGGCAAACCUAUUGGGAUUUCCAUUCCUGGCACUGAACAUUCCGAUGCUAUUUUACGUAUCAUUGACCGUUUCGGCUCUGGUACUUUUGCUUGCGUAUUGGACUCUUUUGAUUAUGCAAAUGCGUUGAAUAAUAUUUUACCAUCGAUUGCUACUCAAAAACUCGAAAAGGGUGGUUUCAUGGUUCUUAGACCUGAUAGCGGUGAUCCAGUAGAAGUAGCUUUAAUGGCUCUCAGGGCUGCUGAAAAAGUGUUUGGAUGUGAUACAAAUAAAAAAGGCUACAAAAUUCUUCGAGGAUGUUCUGUUGUUCAAGGUGACAGUGUUACUAUUGAAAAUAUGAAGAACAUUCUGAAUGCUGUUAAGGGUGCUGGAUAUUCGGUACAAAAUAUAAUUCUUGGGAUGGGCACUGGUCUCUUGCAAAAAGUUAAUCGUGAUACUAUGAGCUUUGCUACUAAAUUAUGUCACAUCACUUAUGCUGAUGGAACACCAAGAGAUAUCAUGAAAAUUCCUAAGACUGAGUCCAUUAAAACCAGUUUACCCGGUGAAUUCGUUGUUAAGAAAAAUAAACAUGGUGUGCCAAUUGUUUAUCCAAAAGAAAUUUGUGCUGAAAAUGAUCCUGAAAAUCUAUUACGUGUAGUAUACGAUCAUGGUAAAGUAUCAGAAUGGGAUGAUUUUGAUACUAUCCGAAAACGUGUAGCCAAAGAAUGGCCACUUUUACCACGUAACUAUGAUAAUAUUAGUUCAGAGCUUAAGUCGAAAAUUUUAAAGUGUACUCAAGAGAUCAAAAAUAUUGUAAGAAGUAAUCAAUUGUAA